AUGACUCGAAAAAGAGGUACAGGUCGAGGAAGCAUAGGGCGUGCAGGCAAGUCAGCAACUAGGACUAAUAUGCCUGUUCGUACUGUAAACAUGCCUACUAUUCCCACUCCUACAGUUGCGCUGGAAACAGCUGGUGGCGUAGGUGCUCCAACUUCUAAUCUUGGUAGUACGUCUCCUACUACUGCAAAUCAGACCAACCCAACAACUGUAGGUACGUCUUCACAAACCAACCAAGUAGGUGAGGACAUAGCUCGUAGCAUCGUAGCAACACAAAUGGAGAAAGUAAUUCCAGUUGGAGCCAUAUUGCAACCUUCUAAAGCGUGCUCCAAUAGGAUACACGAGUCUUUCAAAAGUGAACUUGAUCACAAUGGAGUCAAUUGGAAAGGUGUCUCAUGUGACAUAAAAUAUGGCUAUUUUAGGGAAUUCAAGAAACACUUCUAUUGGGAUUCUUCCAUUACUGAUACUGCAGUAAAGAAACACUGGCAGAGUAAGGCAGCAACUGUGUAUAGAAAUUUCAUUGCUAAAAUCAAAGAGAAAGGGAUUGGGCAAGAUUUUAUACAUGAAGAUGUCUGGGAAAGCUAG